GUAGCCGUGCGGUACAGGGGGGGUCCGGGUGUACCGGGGAGGGCUGUGUGUGAUGCCGCCACGGGGGUGAUGCUCCGGGACACGGUGCACCGGGGAGGGGGGCGGUGCACACGUAGGUGAUGAGCCGGCGGAGAGGUGAUUCCCCGGGGAGGGGGUGGUGCCCCGGGUCCAAUAAAUCCUGAGCACCCGGUAAAUCCCCGGGACGCGCGGUGCUGGAUGUUGGGCGAGCUGGCGCUGUGCAGCCGCACCGGGAAGGGGGGACAUGCGGCUCGGGGCCGGUUUCACAGCUCCGGCAGCGUUCGGGGGCUCCUCUCGGGCGCCGCGCUCACCCCGACGGUUCGACCCAACUGUCGGGGAUCACCGGGGACUUUCCAACUGGAAGUUCCCCGGGAAAGUGGCUGCGAUCCCGAGAGGAUCCCUGCGGGCCGGGACCGAGGGUUUUGGGGGCACCCCAGGGUGGCGCGGCACCCACCGGGUGUCCGUGUGGUGGAACGGGCACAGGUCACCAAGAGCGGCACGCGGUGACCGCCCUGCGCCGGGACCCGAGGGGCCGUGAGCGCCGGGCAGACCGCGGGGCUGCAGUGUGUCCCCCGGCAUGUCCCCGCGGGGUUGAGGCUUGGCUGCUUUGGUGGCAUUUCUCCUGCGAGCAGGUGGGGUGAACCACAGAGGUCCCUGUCCCACGCACCGUCCCAAAAUUGCUUUUCGUUCCGCGGGCCGUGGGCAUCACCAGUACCCGUCCUCUCCGGGCUGCCCGGAGGUCUCAUCCUGUUCCUGGCGCUGCUGGCAGCCCCCGGGCUCGGGGCUUUGCACGCCGCCGUCCCGCUCCUGGUGGAUUUGGGGAGAGAAUGGCGACCAAACCCAAAUGUCCUUUUCCAGCCGCGUCUCCCGCGUUCUCCUGCCCCCCGCGCGGCGCCGUUGGCAGCGGGCGCUGCGGCCGGUCAAAGACAGCGUCUGCAGAGCCGGUUCACGGCGGAACUCUCAAAAUUCCCUGUUUUCUUGACCCUCUGCUGAGCCAUGUGCCGCUGCCAUCACGCAGCCCCAGCAGCUCCCGGCUGCGUCACGCCGGUCCCCCCGGGCAAGGGACGGCGACCCCCGGAGCCACCGGCGACUCUAAUGCGGGGCUGCCCCGCGGUGUCACGGCGCCGGCUGCAGCUCCUGCAAGUGGUUUGACCUCGAUUUGUUUUUAAAUGGAGCCACUUCGCCUGCCGCGGAGGCUGCGGCGGCCGUGCCGCCGGUGCCGCUCGGCAGCCCGGAGCGACGGGGACGGUGGCAGCGGCGUGACUCGCCGUGUUUACGAGAGCGGCGCUUCUCGUACCGCCGUGGAGUGGCACUUGUGCCUCCUGCCCACGCAGGGAGGUCACCGUGUGCCCGCCUGGGCAGCGCUGACCGCCCCCUGCUCCGGUGCUCCCUUUGCCGGAGGCUCGCUCCGGUGCGGUCACGCUGGAUCGGAGCUCCCGCGGGUUUGGAGGAGAACACCGGGCAUCGCCCACCCGGCAUUUCUCCCCAUAUCCCGCAAAACGCGUCUGAACACCUCCCUCUCCUGCCUACGGCAAGGCCAGGCAGCUGUGCAAACGUUUUGGGAGUUUCUGGAAAAGCUGUGUCGCUGAACGGGAUAAAGCUGACCGUGCUGGAGGAGCCACGGCGUAGCGAGUGCCUUCCUGGGGAAGCUCCGGCCAGCAGCUCUGGGUCGCCGUCCCUCUGCUUGGGGACAGCCCCGGCGGCUGGCAGAGCUUGUACCAGCUGCAGGGGUGAUUUAGCCCAUCCCGGCACCGGGAGCCCUGUCUGGUCCGGGGCAGAGUCCUUCGGGGGGGCUCAGGGGCAGAGCGGCAGCGCCGUGUGACGCGAGCUGACAUUAACUCCCACCUGCUCCCGCGGGUGCCUGGCACGCUCGGCCCCCUCCUCGCCGAACGCGCCUUUCACUCAUGUAGUUGGAAAAGUUAACUUUUCUAUUACCGCGCAUUUCACUUACCCAGGUACUUAAUUACCAUUGUCCCAGGGAAAUGUCAGUGUGACUCAGAGACGCUUUCCCAUUAGGAGGAGACAGAUGAAUAUUAAGUUGAGUUGCUGGUGGGUGGGCUGGCUUCCAGCUCCUCUCCCGGGGGACCCUGUCACCCUCCACGCCCUGGACCCGUGGAGGACCUUCUUACCCAUGUCAGUAGAUCUGUGGCACUUUGCUCUGGGGACGAGAGUAAUUCGACCUCCCACCCGGCGCAAAGGGAAGGAGCCUUAUUCCAAACUUUUCCCUCUGCGUCCUUGGGAUUUAUUCGAUCUCUAACACAUCUCCCUCGUGUGCAAUUACCCUGUGCGGGGAGGUGACUGCACCCCAGGCCGCUGGGUGCGAAUAUACAUAUAUACAUAUUCAUAUAGAAAUAAUGGCUUUGGUGUAGAAGUGCUCCACCCCACCGUGUCUGUGGUGCCAUCAGUCCCAGCAGAAAGGGUUAAACUGCCCGAGGGCUUCCCACAGCCCUUCACUCAGGAUGUUGUGGUCGUUUGCAGAUGCUUUUUGUUCUUCUCAGCUUUGUUCUGUGCCUGCCCAGCCCGAGGCGGGGCCGUGGCCGCCCUCUGCCCCUGCGGGGCCUGAGCUCCAUCCCCCCUCGCUGCAGCCCCAGGGAUGGAGGGGUGGGUUCCUCCCUUGGCCCUGAGGAGGAUGCAGGGCUCUGCCCUCGCCCCCCACCCCAUGCCCUGCUCCCUUGGUCCCUCCGUGUGGGCACAGCCCCAGCCUGGAUGAGUUAAAAUCCACCUCCAGACAAAAGCCGUGGGGUCCCGCCUGCUUUUCAAGGAGCGGGGGAAUGCCGACGGACCUGAUCACCAGCCCUGACGGAGGACCACGGGCACAGGCUGCCGUGGCUGCUGGGUGCCCAGCAGAGGGGCCCAGCCCUGUCGAUGGCCCCCACUUCCCUCACCAGUGCUGGGAGGGCUGAGCAAGGGGGCACCAGGUCCAGCAGCUGGUGUUCGAGCUGGGAGAACAGCAGGUUGCUGGGAAACAUCCCUCUUGAGCUCCGAUAAAAAUAGCUCCAUCUUCAAGGCAAGAGGACUGGCUGCACUGCCAGCGACGCAGGGGAUGUGUCUGCACCCACCGGGGUGUGGGGGACGGUGCAGGAUGUCCUGUGGGGUCUGCACCUUGGACCCCCAUCCCACACGUCUGUUGUGACAGUGGGACAGAGGUGCAGGGGCUCAGGGAUUGCCUGUCAUUGCCCCAGUGCUGUUCUCCUUUAUCCCCAAAUCAGACUUGGAAAUGUGUGAGAACAGGAAUCAGGGCUGAGUGGGGAAAGUGGGGGCAUCUUUUUCCCUCCAUCCAUCUCCCCCUGCCUCUUUGGCUCAUCUAUGUUUGCCCUCUUGAGGAGGAGGUUCAGGGAGAUGUGGAGCUGGGCUCUGAGCCCUGGCAUUGCAGAGGCUGGGGGGUUUUAUGCAAAGGCUUUUUCACCUGACAGCAGCCAGGCUGGGUGGGUUGGGACAUCCCUUUCCCGGGGCAUGAAGACCCUCUCUCCCUUCCUAGCAGCUUUGGAUGGGCUCACUUCUCUCCCCAGCCUCUCCACGAGGACGUGCCUCUCCCCAGCCUGGGGAGCAGGGUGAGAGAAGGUCAGGUCAGGUUUUCCCCCUGCACCCUUCUUGGACACGAUUUGAAUUCGGUGUCCAGGGGAUUCACAUCCCAGCAGCCAAACCCCUCUGGGACGCAGCUGUGUGGGAAGACGGACAGACCCCAUCCCAGUCCUCUGCCACCUUCCUUGUUUGGGGCACGCGUUUCGGCCCCGAGGACCGAGGCUGGGCACUCGGGUGUCUCCAAGUGCUGCAGCCGCAGUGGUGGGAUGUGCACCCCGAUUCCCGGGGCGGCCGGGGGCUGCGGGGAGGCCUCGGCGGUGCGGGCGAGCCUGCUCGGGAGGUGGCGGGGAUGCUGCGGGGCUGAUUAUUCACAGCUUCCCUCGCCCCGAUUGGCUCUGCCGCCGCGCACAGCCGGGCCCCGCCGCAGGAGGAGACUCCGUGGCCAUAAAAGCGGGGUGAGAGGCAGCCGGCGGCGAGUCCGGUGGACAACCCGGGCAGCACCGUGGGGCCACCUCCCAGUGUGGCCUUGCCACCGAUGACUGGCGCAGCCUGACGCCCGUGGAGGGACACCCAUCAGCCACGACCCGUCCUGACUUGGCGAAGCGGGUGCUCGGCGGGACGGGGAGCAGCGGCAGGAGCAGGCAGAGCACUGCUGGGACAUUUGUGGCACCACCUGAACACGUGGCACGGUGAUCCUGUGGCACUGCAGCUGGGAUUGGCAGUGGCCCCUCCAGCCUCACCCAGGGUCAGGUUUAGCACUGCCACCUGCAGAGCCCCUCUCCCAGCUGAGCAGUGUCCUCGUCCAUCCGCAGAGGCCAGAGGCUCCAUCACAGCUCUCAAACGUCUGGAGGAUGGUGAUGGUGGUCUGCAGGCAGCAUCUGCAGGGCGAGAUGGCACGGUGGGCAUUGGCACUGACACUCUGCCUGUCCCUGUCUGCGGUGGCAUCUGCUGACUGUGUCACGCAAUGCUCCCUCUGCGCAGCCCAGACCCGCGGUGCCGAGAGCAGCGUCCAGCCCCUGAUGUGCCUGUGGGAAUGCCAGGGCUCCUUGUCAUCCGGCCCCGAGUGGGAGAUGUGCAGGAAGGCGCUGGCGCUCCUGGCCCCGCUGGUGGCCCUGGCCGAGGGGACAGACCCGUCCCCACAGGAGGCGGAGGAGGAUGAGGCGCAGCCGGAGCAGGCUCUGGGCCCUGCAGAGCUGCCGCCGGCGCCGGCCAAGCGCUACGGCGGCUUCAUGAAGAUGAUGUCCAAGGCGAAGCUGCUGUCCCUGCUCCGCGAGAACGCUCACGGCAAGGGCGGCCUCAGCAAGAAGUCCGGGGCCUUCAGCCGCAAGUCGGGCGAGCGAGCGGCCCCCGAGGACUACCCGGGGCCGGCAGGGGACGGGGACGAAGAGCCCACGGGGGCCGAGGCCGAGGGGCCGGGGCCGGCGCAGCUGCACAAGCGCUACGGGGGCUUCCUGCGCCGCAUCCGGCCCAAGCUGAAGUGGGACAAUCAGAAGCGCUACGGGGCCUUCCUGCGGCGGCAGUUCAAGGUGACCACCCGCUCGGACGAGGAUCCCAGCGCCUACUCAGGGGAGGUGUCAGACCUAUAGAGCCGGGCGUGCGACGGCAGCACCACGGUCCCCACACUGCCACCCCCACUGUGCCAUCGCCCCCAGCCCUGUCCCCUGCCCAGCCCGCUGUGGCUGGUGUCACCCUUGCCUCGUUCCCUCAGGGCACCAUGAGUUCCAUCCCGUUGUCCCUCUGUGGUUCACCUGCCCAUCCUGCGCACGGAGGGGACAGUGCCGCUCCUCCGGCUGCUGGCGGUGUGGCUGUGGCCCAGCCCAGGGUUCCCGGGGGUGUAUUGCUGGGGACACAGAUCCUCCAUCCUCCCGCGGCUGCUGGAGCACAGCAGGGUCUGGAAACCACCACAUCUGAGGUACAGGGCAGGGGGCUCCGAGCACUAGGGAGGAUGAGCCAGGGCAGGAUCGGGGAGGUGGCUGCUGUGGCCACGGGCAGAGGUGGCUGGUGGAGCCACAGCACCAUCACCAGGUGCUCAAGCACUGCUGAGCUCAGCCCCCAUUCCCCUCCCCAGCCUCUCACAGUGUCCCACCAACCCCAGCACCCACCUGGUGCCCCUGGGCUCCCCUCCAAGAGCGACUCUAGAGGCAGGGUCAGCCCCACGCCCCAACCCCCAAC